AAAGGCGGGAACCCAGUUUUGUCCAUUGAGAGAGAGAGAGAGAAAGAGAGAGACUCACUCACUCUCACUGGUCACAAGCGGAGAGUGUGUGUGACACUGUGUGCCUCUGUGCCAUGUCUUCUCAGACUGAGAUAAAAAUAGAGAGAGAGAGAGAGAGAGAGUGAGGUCUGGUCAAGUUUGAUUAGGAAUUUUGUUUGUUUGUACUUCGAAAUUUCAAGGACAAUCAUGGUGGUAGGUGGUGUUUGUGAAGAUAAGAAGUCGCCUUGUUUGGUUUUUUUCUUUUACCGACUAACUAAUGUCUGACUGAGACUAUCCGCAAUCUCAGCUCUUCAUUAUUUUAACUUAGAAAAAUAGAAAGCAAGAAAUUUCUGGGUCUUCUUGUAGAUAGUUUAAGAGUGCAAUUUCAUGGGGUACUGUAGAUUUUUGCAGACUCACGUUGGGGGUCAGAUUCGUUGAAAAUAAAUAAAAUUUUUUAGAAGAAGGUGGAAUCAGUGACGAAAUGAUUCUUUACGUCUUUCUUGUGAAGAUUUUUGGGUCAAAAUUCGAUUAGCACUUUGAAGUUUCUCUGAUGGGUUUCCAAGAAAAAAAACAGAAAUAGAACUGAAGAGUUUGAAGGUGGGAUUUUUCUGUUCUUUUAAUUUCACGCAAGUUUUAUUCUUUUUGAGCCUCAUGUAAAAAAAUGAGAGAGAGAGAGAGAAAACUUAUGCUUGUUUGAGAUUUUUAAAGCUUCUAGGAAGCUUCAAAUAGCUUUUCUUCACUUUGAACAUGUUGUUUGUUUCCAAUUUAUGUGAGGCAUAUAUAGCUUAAAAGCUCUCUAUUUCUCUUGGUUCUGAGAGUUUUGUUUGUGGGUUGUUUAGUAGUACAGCUAAAAUGGCGUACUACUUUUGCAACAAGAAAAUCUUUACUUUUGUUUUGCUGUUCAUAAAACUCUGCUUUCACUUCACCACUGUGUACUGCCAAGAGAGAAAAAUUUCAAGGCCACCUGAAUUCCAUAACGGGCUUAGAAGAAUCUUUCUCAGCAUUGCUUUAGGAGUACUAACCGGUUUGAUUGGUUCACUUCUCUUCGCUCUCGUAGUCCGAAGCUUUGUCAGAUACCUUAACCGAACACCAAUUCUCAAAGGCCCUGUGUUGUUCUCCCCAGAAAUUGCUCCUAAGACACUUCAAUCUGCUCUCUCCAAUGAAAAUCGCUUACUGGGUUCAAGCCCAAGUGGCAAAUACUACCGAACUGUGCUCGAUAAUGGGCUUGCAAUCGCAGUCAAGAGGCUAGAACCGUUUCAAACUGGUUCACCAGAGAGAAAGUCUCUCAAGAGAAAGAUACAGAAGGAGCUAGAAACACUUGCUAGUCUGAGACAUAGGAACUUGAUGAGUUUGAGGGCUUAUGUUAGGGAACCAGGUGGGUUUUCUUUGGUUUAUGAUUAUGUCCCAACUGGGAGUCUUGAGGAUGCUAUGAAUAGAGUGAGAGAUAAUCAGUUGCAGCUGAGUUGGGAAGUGCGGCUUCGGAUUGCGGUUGGGGUUGUUAAGGGGCUUCAGUAUCUUCACUUUGAGCGUGACCCUUCUAUUCUGCACUAUAAUUUGAAGCCUACUAAUGUGAUGUUGGGUGCUGAGUUUGAACCCAGGUUGGCGGAUUGUGGAUUGGCUAAGCUCAUGCCUAAUUUGGAUAGGACCACCUCAGGUUAUAGUGCUCCUGAGUGCUUCCAAAAUCGCAGGUAUACCGAUAAGAGCGACGUUUUCAGUUUUGGUAUGAUAUUGGGUGUUUUGUUAACUGGAAGAGACCCUACUGAUCCAUUCUUUGGAGAACCGGCUAGUGGGGGCAGUUUGGGACAGUGGCUUAGGCAUUUGCAGCAAGCAGGGGAGGCAAGGGAAGCACUAGAUAAGAGUAUUCUAGGGGAAGAAGGAGAGGAAGAUGAGAUGUUAAUGGCAGUGAGAAUAGCUGUUGUAUGCCUGUCAGAUAUGCCUGCAGACAGGCCUUCUAGUGAUGAGCUUGUUCACCUGCUAACCCAGCUGCACAGUUUUUGAAGGAAAUGUAAGUAAAGCCUAUUGAAUCUUCAGUCUCCGUAGAUUUUGAAAAUUGGAAUAUUGGGAAUUUUUACUUCAGGGAUCUAGUCUGCAAUCCAUGUGGAGUAACCUCUUUUACAAACUGUAAAGUGAUAAUGGUGUUGUAGGUGUGAUUGCUGCAUUUUGUAUUGUUUAGCUUCUUGGCCUUUUUUUUUCCUCCAAAACUGUAUGAUUUUCAUAUGGUAGUUUGGUAGUAUACGGUGGUCUGUACAUAACUGAUAUUGUUAGUGAAGAAGCAGAUAUUCAAGAAAAUGUCUGAGCCAAGAGGAUCACUGUUUGAUCAGAUAAUAAUGCUGGGACAUUUGCAUUAUCAUGCUUUUUCAUUUUUAAUGAUGGUGGGGUGUAGUUGGCUCAGCUGUCUUUAUUGGACACAACUUUUUUGGAAUCACGGGUCCUUUUAACUUAAAAUUGGGCAAUUCUCUCUUUA